AUGGAUCUUGCACCGCACAGAUCUCCAACUCCAGAAUUGCAUGCAACGUACACGUCUUUAGAAAUAUUAGUGGCUGUUGUAGCAAUUAUUGGAAACUCUAUGGUGAUACAUGUAUUCCGUCGUGAUCGAAGAUUAAGAAGAAAAACGAACUAUUACAUUGUGUCCUUGGCAAUCGCAGAUUUGUUAGUUGGACUUUUAGGCAUUCCAUUUGCAAUCUUGGCUUCCGUGGGGCUACCUAGGAAUCUGUACGCCUGUUUGUUUACAACGUCGCUGUUAGUGAUGCUGUGUACAAUCAGCAUCUUCUGCUUGGUAGCCGUUUCUGUGGAUCGCUAUUGGGCAAUCCUGCAUCCGAUGUGCUACUCAAGAAAUGUUCGAACUCAGACAGCCAUACGUGAGUAA